AUGCAAGGGUCGAGGAAGAUCUCUUUCAACAUCUCCGAACAGUAUGAAAUUGCUGACAUCAUCGGAGAGGGUGCCUAUGGUGUUGUCUGUUCGGCAAUCCACAAGCCUUCCGGCCAGAAGGUCGCGAUCAAGAAGAUCAUCCCCUUCGACCACUCGAUGUUCUGUCUGCGGACCCUGCGUGAAAUGAAGCUGCUGCGCUAUUUCAACCACGAAAACAUCAUCUCCAUCUUGGAUAUCCAGAGACCCCGCAGCUAUGAUUCGUUCAAUGAAGUAUAUCUCAUUCAAGAGCUGAUGGAAACCGAUAUGCAUCGAGUUAUCCGUACCCAAGACCUCUCCGACGACCACUGCCAGUACUUCAUCUACCAGACCCUCCGUGCGCUCAAAGCAAUGCACUCCGCAAACGUUCUCCACCGUGACCUGAAGCCAUCCAACCUGUUACUCAACGCAAACUGCGACCUGAAAGUCUGCGACUUUGGUCUGGCCCGUUCUGCCGCGUCGACCGACGAUAAUUCCGGAUUCAUGACGGAAUACGUUGCGACACGUUGGUACCGUGCGCCAGAAAUCAUGUUGACCUUCAAGGAAUACACAAAAGCUAUUGAUGUGUGGAGUGUUGGAUGUAUAUUGGCCGAGAUGCUGAGCGGAAAGCCCUUGUUCCCCGGAAAAGAUUAUCACCACCAAUUGACCCUUAUCCUUGACGUCCUGGGUACACCAACCAUGGAAGACUACUACGGAAUCAAGUCCCGCCGUGCGCGCGAGUACAUCCGCUCCCUCCCCUUCAAGAAGAAGAUUCCCUUCAAGGCCCUCUUCCCUAAGAGCAACGACCAGGCUCUUGACCUCCUGGAGAGACUUCUCGCAUUCAACCCUGCCAAGCGUAUCACAGUCGAAGAAGCCCUCCAGCACCCCUACCUGGAGCCGUACCAUGACCCGGACGAUGAGCCCACUGCUCCCCCAAUUCCGGAUGGAUUCUUUGAUUUUGACAAGAACAAGGAUGCGCUCAGCAAGGAGCAGCUGAAGUACUUGAUUUACGAAGAGAUCAUGCGGUAA